AUGGUGAACACAGCAAAAAGAAGCAGGCGAAGCAGCACUACUGCUGUUCCAGCAACGCCAGCUUCUGCAGCUGCUGGCAGGAGUCAUACAGCAAUAGGAAUCGAUGAGGACUCAGUAACCGCGGGCGGCGUUGUGGUGCAGGUCCUUGCUCAGCAUUUGGGACGCCAUCUUUUGCAAAAUGAUUUGCUGGCGUGUAGGCUUGUAUGCAAGGAUUGGUGCAAAACGCUAUCCGCAGAACGAAAGACUGUUGAUAUUCUGCAGCUCCGACUGGACGCGGCAGGGAACCUGCCGGCGUUCUUGAGCAUUCCACGCAUUUUCCCGAACGCAAAUUCCUUGUCUUUUCACGUUAGUGAGCGCAUUUCUCCAGUAGCUCUCCUGGCAGCGACCGCAGUGCUGGGCAACAAUGCUUUCUAUAGACGCUUAAAGCAUCUCCUGCUCGCCAGCACUGGACCGCUGGGCAGCAGGUCGAGCACAUGGCCGUUCGGGAUGCCUUAUUGGCCUAUUCAGCUGGAGGGAAUGCAGGGACUCAAGUCGCUCACGUUCAUCGGCCGCGCAGCGAACACCGAACUGCUGCAGACAGUUGCGGAAACGUGCACCCGCCUCACUUCACUAGUUAUGGGGUUAAAUCCAGAAGACCCCUUGGCUCUUCCCUCGCCGGAAUCCUGCGCCCGCCUUGCUACACGACCCAUGGGUGUCCAAGCCAUUGCAAAGCUUACGUCGCUCCGCAGGCUGGCGCUGGUGCUCGAGGAGAGCCCCUGGGACUGGGACGAGGACGAGCGGGGAGGGGGUGCGCAACUGACGACGCUGACUGCAUUGACAGGACUCACUGAGCUGCGGUUGGGGGGCGCACCGGUGAGCGGCGAAUCAGCCCGCACGUUCCUGCGAGCCGCCCAGCAGUUACGACGUCUGGCGCUGAUGUUCGACCCUUUUUCCGGAAGGCUACACGAGCGUCGGGAGCUUGCCCUUUGGAAGAUGCUGCAUCACGUGGAACUGCAGCUGCAGCGCCGGCUUCUGGAGAGCGAUAUCCCCCUGCUGACGCUGGGCCUGAAGAACAACCUCAGAUCGCUACAUCUCAGGUCCUGCACGGUCAGCUCCUAUUCCGUGACCGCUCUAUCCAACCUGACGGCGCUGACCGAGUUGUCUUUCGACGCAUGGCAGCCAAUAGGACUAACCGUGGGGGCUCAGGAGGAUGAUAGCUCUGCAGCAGCGGCUGUCCGGACUGCUCUGGUGGAGCUGCUCGCAGGGCCACUAGGCAUGCAGCUUGAGGUGCUGCGGAUGGACCUGUCCGACCCGAGCAAGGACAUUUAUGGUGACAUGGCCCGGUUGGCCGAGACCUGGGCGCAGGGAUCGCUUCGUGUGCUGCACCUGGUCAACACUGACGGAUACUCUCUGUCCUUCACGGGCGCGCUGGCGAGUCUGGCAGGCCUGACCCGCCUUCGGGACCUGAGGGUUUCUGUGCAGGGCCAGGCCUGUCGCGAUUAUUCCGCGCUCAAGGUCGCGUGGCUUCCCCCUAACCUUACGUGCCUGGAGCUUGUCGGUAUACACUUACCAUGCGGGGAGGAGGAGCUCUUACAUGCCGAGCAGCAGUCGGAGCAGCAGCAAGCGGCCGCGGAAGGGCACGGGGGAACUUGGGAGGAGGGGCAGUCCUGCGGGUCUUUGCAGCCCGAGCGGGCGAGCGAGCCUGCAGCGGCGGCAGGCGCAGGCCUGGACUGCAGAAGCUUAAUAAGCGGCAGAGUCGUGAAUUGUGGCCACGCGCGGCUCCGGCACCUGCAGCGACUGAGUCUCCAUUCAUGCCGGUACAAAUGCUGCAGCCAUUUGAAGGAAGCUCUGGGUCCUGCACUGCUACCCGGUCUGGUGUCCUUAGAGCUGAACGACGUGAGCGGCCUGUUAGAGGAGCACCUGACAGGGCUUGGGACUCUCACCGGCUUGACGAAUCUGUCCGUGUGUGCACUGAGCCAUCCCAGUAUUAGCAGCUCAAGCAUGUUGCAUCCCCUCCGGCAUCUGGCUGCGCUGGACAUUUCCAGCGGCCAAUGGUGGCGCAUGAGCCGAUGGCACAUUGCCUCCGGUCUGGGCGAGGUUCUCCCCUUGUGCGAGCUAACCAAGCAGCUGCCCACGUUCUUGCUGCCAAGCACUUUACACGGGUUUCAUGGCAUGUACACCAUGGCCUCUUCCAAGUCCAAGCCCUGUCCUGGCGUUGUGGGCAAGCGGAGCAGCAAGCAGGCCAUUUCCUAUGGAUUAGGCUUCCUGCGUAGGUACAUGCGUAGCCGUAAAUGCGUAGGCUUGAUUAAGCACUCCGGUGUUCCAGGCGUUCCCAAAUUCCUGGAGGCAGAUGGUAAUACAUACGCUAGGCUGUCUGACCGGAUUUCAGUGUUUGGUGCAACUUCAGCAAGUACCCAGCCGGCCCGAGCACGCGGCGCCGACAACGUGGAUCCAAGGGAGCACCCAGCGGCACGUCUUCCUGCGAACAGACUCUGCUUAUGGAAGCAAUCGAAGCAGGCUUGCUUGCCUAGUAUGUCCGGCAUAGACGGAGGCUUCAAUGGUUCACCAACGCCGCUGAUGAUGGUUGUGGGGCCAUUGGUCAGUUUGAUAUGCCUUUGCACCGUUGCAGCCAUUUGCUUGGCCAUCGCGCAUUACAAAGAAAAACUGGCUGCCAAAGCAAAGAUGGCGAUGGUUUCGAUGGAGCGAAUGAAGAGCGACUCCUCGCACGUGGACUUUCCCACGCACCCCACCCAUCCGCACGGCCGCGUCGUAUCCCCCCUCCCGGCCGUGGCGUACGUCACCUCGGCAGCAAGCCUGGCGGGCCGGCGUAAAUGCAUCACGUCAUCGGCUGCCGCCGCCGCCGUGGAGAGCAGUGUGCGCGCCGGCGGCCGUGGCAGCGGCAGCUUCUGUGUCGGCGCAGGCGGCGGCGCCGGUCAGCUGCAUCACAGGGCCAACAAUGGCGGCGGCGGCGGCGGCGGCGGCAGUCCGCUGACUACGAAUCCUGACCAGUUCGAAUUUAGCAGCAGCAUGUUCGACACCCAGGAUACGAUGGACUCGGCCAUGGUCCAGGAUAUUCUGGGCAGUGUGGAUGCCAACCGGGCGAUGUGCGCACCUGUUCAGAUGCUGACUGGCACAUUUUAG